CGUAUAAGGAUGUGUUUGGCUCGUACGAUGUCUCAAAUAAUCACUCAAUUCUUUGUUCAUACAUCAACACUUAUUCUAAUUCUUCAAAGCACUGUAUGUUUGAGCUUACAAAAUGACACAAUUUCAGCCGGUGUGGUGAUCAAAGAUGGAGAAACCAUGGUAUCAGCAAAGCAGAACUACAUAUUGAGAUUCUUCUCUCCUCCAAACACCACCAACCGCUACGUAGGAAUCUCCUUCUCCUUGUCGGAAGAAACCGUGAUUUGGGUCGCCAACAGAGACACACCCCUUAAAGAUUCUUCCGGCGCCGCUACUCUGUCUAAAGACGGCAAUCUCGUCGUCUUGGACGGGACUAAUCGAACUGUUUGGUCGACCAAUCUCACCACUACCUCUCCCGUCAUUAAUUCAAUCGUCCAAAUCCUGGAUACUGGGAAUCUCGUCUUGCGGGAAGAGGACUCUGGAGACACGUUGUGGGAGUCUUUCUCACAUCCUACGGAUGCUAUGGUUCAGGGAAUGAGGAUAAGCCAGAACGUAAACACCGGGAAACAGGUGCUGCUGACGGCAUGGAAAAACGAGACCGACCCGGGGAUGGGGAGCUUUACAGGGGGCAUCGACGCCAUGAGCGGGACCGUGCAGCUUUUCUCGUGGAAUGACGGGCGGCCGCACUGGAGGAGCGGACCGUGGAACGGGCAGAUAUUUCUUGGGAUAAAGGACGUGUUCUACGCCUACUUAGAUGCGAUCGCUCAAGUGAAUAGUGAUGGUGCUGGCAAUAUCUUCUUCUCUCCUCCGCCGAUUGAUGGGAUUGUCAUAUGGAAUUCUUCAGGAAGUGUGAUACGAAAGGUGUGGAAUAAAAUGGAGAAGAGAUGGGACGUGGUGGCCUAUCCGAAAAACGAGUGUGAUGUUUAUGGCAAGUGUGGGGUGUUUGGUAGCUGCAAUGCUCUCGAAUCGCCUAUUUGUAGAUGUUUGAGAGGGUUUGAACCUGUAAAUGAGGAAGAAUGGGGGAGAGGGAAUUGGACUAGUGGUUGCAGGAGGAGGAACCAGUUGCGAUGUGGAGACGAUGGAUUUGAGAGGGUGCAGUAUAUGAAGGUUCCGGACUUUGCUAAACCCUCGUCUUCCAGUGUUCAAGACGAGUGUGCGGCCUUAUGUCGGGGGAACUGCUCCUGCAUAGCUUAUGCUUAUGAUAGUUACAUUGGUUGUAUGUUUUGGAGUGAUACCUUGAUUGACACUCAGGAGUUCGAUGGUGUUGGUGUUGACCUCUACGUUCGUCUCUCUGCUUCUGAAUUCGAUAGCCACAAGGAGAGAAAGUUGUACAUCAUAAUUGGAGUUGCUGUGGGUUUUGUUUGCAUAUCUGUUGUGAUGUUUAUUGCUUGGUGGUUUAUAGUGAAGAGGAAAGGGAGCAAAGCGCAAGAUUCAAGUAUUUUGGAAGCAGGACAGAUGUUCACGAUGGAUUCAACUGCAAUCGUGCUAAAAGAUGAAACAAAGGAAGUUAAUAUAGGUGAUUUGCCAAAGUUCACUUUCAAGAUGCUUGCUAAUGCAACAAACCAGUUCCAUGAAGAUAACCUUCUCGGAAGGGGAGGUUUCGGUCCUGUUUACAUGGGGAUUCUGGCAAAUGGGAAAGAAAUCGCUGUAAAGAGACUAUCAGCAGACUCCGGACAAGGAAUGCAAGAAUUCAUGAAUGAAGUGAUUCUGAUUUCCAAACUCCAACACAAGAAUCUUGUCAAACUGCUGGGAGGUUGUGUUGAGAAAGAAGAGAAGAUUCUGGUAUAUGAAUACAUGCCAAACAAAAGCUUGGAUGCUUGUCUCUUUGGUCAUACGAAUCCGACAAAGAAGUUGUUAGAUUGGAAUAUGCGUUACAACAUUAUCGAAGGCAUAAGUCGAGGCAUCCUGUAUCUUCACAGAGACUCAAGACUAAGGAUCAUUCACAGAGACCUGAAACCAAGUAAUGUCCUGCUAGACCAAGACUGGAAUCCCAAAAUCUCGGAUUUUGGCAUUGCAAGAAUAUUCAGAGACAAUGAAGACCAAUGCAAUACUGCAAGAGUCAUGGGAACAUACGGAUACAUGGCGCCAGAAUACGGAAUGGAAGGCAGAUUUUCAGAAAAAUCUGAUGUCUACAGCUUUGGAGUGCUGAUAUUGGAGAUUAUAAUAGGAAAAAAGAACACACACUAUUUCAAUGAUGAAUGGUCCUUGAGCCUAAUUGGAUGUGCUUGGAAAAUGUGGAGUGAGGGUAACGGUUUGAGUUUUGUGGAGGAAAGCAUCGCAAGUAAUGAGACAGAGGAAGAGAUGGUUCGAUGCAUUCAGAUAGGGCUGCUUUGUGUCCAAGAACAUCCCAAGGAUAGACCUUCCAUUGAAAUGGUGCUUUCGAUGUUGAAUCAUGAUAUCGUGGAGCUGGCAGCACCAAAGCAGCCAGUGCUUUCGGAAAAUGGAUCAACAGACCAGAAUGUUUACACAAGCUACGAGCUCACUCAUAGUGUGCUUGAUGGACGAUGAAUCUUUUUCCAACUCUCAUUAUAUUAUUCACUUUUGAUUGAUAUACUAUUUUUUUUAUAGUGUUUUCACGUUCUAAAUCAAUAUUUGGUUGGUAUAUAUAGUUUUGGCGUCUCA